GCUGACAUCCUGUUCCACUGACCAGGAGCUGUGGGGAGGAGGCUCUGUGCUCUUGCCUGCAGCAUCUGAGUGGAGUCUUGUCCUGCUGAGCUGAGAGAGGGAAGGAAGGGAGAGGUGCUGGUGCAAACCUCACAGGAGCUGGUUUCUUACCAAAGAAUUUUCACAUUUUUGAAUAGUUUCUUCAGUUGCUGUUUGCCCUUAUGACCAUUUCCAGAGGCUUUAAGUGGUUGUUUGUUGCUGUUCUAAACAAUCUUUACCAGUUUCAUUCGGGGUGAGCCCGCCCAGCUCUUCACGCUGUCAUGCGGGUAGUCAAUGCCUUUAGCUUUGAAUCUUGCAACUCUCCUGUAAGUUUAAAAUUACUUCAAGAAAAGUUAAGACAUUUUUAAAAAGUCACAAGAAAGUAGUUAUUAGGAAUAAGUAGGUUAAAACAUACAGCCCCUUCACUUUUGCUGUUUAUUGUUUCCAUUGGUAACGAGCCAUAACAGCUCCUAGAACUACUUUAAAUAUACGCCCCAGAGAGUAAACAGGAAGCGGCGGCGUGGCAGCCUCCCUGGAGAGUAGGAGAAUAUUUCAAAUCAAGGGACUCCUGGGGGCCGGUGAGUGGGACCUCUAGGUAUUCAACUUUUUAGGGUGAAAACUGAGACAGUCCGGGGCCAGCCGAGGCCGCCGGAGGGGGAGUGGGCAGGGCAGCGCCACGCAGAGCGGUCGCCCAGCACCACGUCCACUUGCAGGCUUUCGGUUUCUUGGCCUCCAUCUUGCCCGCGCUUCCCCGGCGUCUGGGAGAGUGAAGGCGGCAGGUCGGAGCGAGCGGAGAACCCCGGCGGUGGGCAGGCUGAACUCCUCCAUUGGAAAGGAUUCUGAAGGAAAUGAAGAAAGCCUUCAGAAAUGAAUUUGACAGCUUCAUGGCUUUCUGUUAACUGGACUGGAGCUUUAUUACAACAGUUCCUUGGAAGGACACUGUGCAUGAUGUCUGCUGAGGUUAUCCAUGAGGUUGAAGAGGCACUUGACAAAGAUGAGAAGGAGAUGCUUCUUUUUCUUUGCCGGGAUGUUGCUGCAGACGUGGUUCCACCUAAUGUCAGGGACCUUCUGGAUGUUUUGAAUGAGAGAGGUAAGCUGUCUGCUGUGGCCUUGGCUGAGCUGCUCUACAGAGUGAGGCGGUUUGACCUGCUCAAGCGGAUCUUGAAGAUGGACAAAACAGCAGUAGAGGCCCACCUGCUCAGGCACCCUCACCUUGUUUCGGACUAUAGAGUGCUGAUGACAGAGAUUGGCGAGGAUUUGGAUGAAUCUGACGUGUCUUCAUUAAUUUUCCUCAUGAGGGAUUACACAGGCCGAGGCAAGAUAGCCAAGGAUAAGAGUUUCUUGGAUCUUGUGAUUGAAUUGGAGAAACUAAAUCUGAUUGCUCCAGAUCAAUUGGAUUUAUUAGAAAAAUGCCUGAAGAACAUUCACAGAAUAGACCUAAAGACAAAAAUCCAGAAAUACAAGCAAUCUGGCUCAGGAACAAGUUACGUGAAUGCUCUCCAAGCCUCUCUCCCAAACUUGAGUCUCAAGGAUCCUUCAUAUAACUUAAGGGUCCAGAAUGGGAGAAGUAAAGAACAAAGACUUGUGCGAAAACUUGCCGUUAAAAGAGAAGCAGUGAAGACAUCCAUUCAGGAAUCAGGAGCAUUUUUGUCUCAGCACAUAUCUGAAGAGAUAUACAGGAUGCAGAGCAAGCCCCUGGGAAUCUGCCUGAUAAUUGAUUGCAUUGGCAAUGACACAGAGGUUCUUCGAGACACCUUCAUUUCCUUGGGCUAUACAGUCCAAUGUUUCUCGUAUCUGAGUAUGGACAGUCUGAUCCAGACUCUUCACCAAGUGGCCUGUAUGCCCCAACACCAAGACUACAACAGCUUUGUGUGUGUCCUGGUGAGCCGAGGAAACUCUCAGAGCAUUUUUGGUGUGGAUAAGACUCACUCAGGCUUCCCCUUGCAUCAGAUCAGGAGGAUGUUCAUGGGAGAUAAAUGCCCUUUUCUCAUAGGGAAGCCAAAGCUCUUUUUUAUUCAGAACUAUGUGGGGUCACAGGGCCAGCUGGAGGACAGCAGCCUCCUGGAGGUAGAUGGGCCUGCAGCGAACAAUGUGGAAUCCAAGGCACGGCAGCCUGGGCCCUGCAUGGUUCACCGAGAAGCUGACUUCUUCUGGAGCCUGUGCACCGCGGAUGUGUCCCUCCUGGAGCAGUCCUCCAGCUCACCAUCCAUGUACCUGCAGUGCCUCUCCCAGAAACUAAGGAAAGAAAGAAAUCGCCCGCUCCUGGAUCUGCACCUUGAACUCAACAGCUACAUGUAUGAUUGGAACAGCAGAGUUUCUGCAAAGGAGAAGUACUAUGUCUGGCUGCAGCAUACUCUGAGAAAGAAACUUAUCCUAUCUUACACAUGAAAAUCCAACACCCUUUUUUAGCCCUUUCUAGAGAGAGAAUGGUUUCCAGGCACGUGUGUAUGUGGAUGAUAUAGUGGAAAUGACCCUCGUCCUUGAGGAAUGCUUGAGUGGAAAUCAUGUUUGAACUAUAGCCUCCAAGACGAAAGUAUUGGUGUCUAUUUCUAAAAUAGCAGGCCAAUAUAUGAUAAACCCACUGCCAAUAUCAUCCUGAAUGGGGAAAAGCUGAAAGCUUUUCCUUUAAGAA